CCCGCGAGGCCGAGCUCGCCAGCCGGAGGUGUCACCUGUUCUUCCUUGUUGCGUUCGGCACUGACUCGGGAGCUUGUAUCUGGGCAAAAAAUGGAAACUUUUUUAAAAGACUGCUCUUACCGCGUGAGAGUACGUGGCUUUUUCUCCACCAGGGCUUAAUUAGGUGCUUGAACUUCCUCAGAAAAGCCAAGCCAGGGUUUAUUUUCAUAGUUCAUACAAGUACUUCACGUGGUUAAAGAAGCCCAUCCCGGCUGUGAGAAUAGCGUGGAGUAGCUCGCGCGUUAAGAACGGGCAGAACGCCACUCAAAAGCACGUCGGGAUGGUGGGGUUUGGAUUGGGGACCCUCCGAUAUGUUCCAGAGGAAUCCAAAGACAAAGUUAUCUCAGAUGAAGAUGUCCUAGGAACAUUACUGAAAGUUUUCCAGGCUCUAUUCUUAAAUGAUUUCAAUAAACAAUCAGAAAUCUUGACUAUGCUUCCAGAAUCUAUUAAAUCAAAAUAUCAAGACCUACUGACAGUUGAACAUCAAGGGGUGAAACUGCUUGAAAACAGACAUCAACAGCAAAGUACCUUUAAACCAGAAGAAAUUCUUUACAAGACUUUGGGUUUCAGUGUUGCCCAAGCAACUAGCUCAUUGAUUUCUGCUGGAAAAGGUGUCUUCGUUACUAAAGGAUUGGUACCAAAAGGCGCAGUCGUAUCUAUGUAUCCUGGUACAGUAUAUCAGAAGUAUGAGCCAAUCUUUUUCCAGUCCAUUGGAAAUCCGUUUAUUUUUAGAUGCCUGGAUGGGGUACUCAUUGAUGGGAAUGACAAAGGGAUAUCGAAAGUUGUGUACAGAUCUUGCAAUGGGAGGGAUCGACUUGGCCCUUUAAAAAUGAGUGAUAGUACAUGGCUAACGUCAGAAAUUCAUAACCCUCUGGCUGUGGGACAGUAUGUCAACAAUUGUUCCAAUGACAGAGCAGCUAAUGUCUGUUAUCAGGAAUUUGAUGUGCCUGCAGUUUUCCCUAUAGAACUGAAGCAGUACCUUCCAAACAUUGCCUACAGCUAUGACAAACAAAGCCCACUUCGAUGUGUUGUUCUUGUCGCACUUAGGGACAUCAAUCAAGGAGAAGAGCUUUUUUCAAACUACUACACAAUUGUCAGCUAACUCUGUGAAUCAGAAAUUAUUAGGUUUUCUACUCA